UCCAGUGGCACCUCUACCGUCAUCUGCCUGCACCCCUCCACCACAAAACAGGGAAAAGCAGAACAUUUAUGUGCAUCAUCUAGUGUUAGUGUUGACCAGUGUUUGAGCCAGUUCUCCCUUCUUUCUUUCUUUUUUUUUGCUUUUCUAGUGAAAAGGGCCUUAGACAAAGGGAAAAAAGACAAGAAGAUGAUCAGCCUACUUUCCUUUGUGUUGUUCUGUCUGACCUUUGCCAACAAUGCAUACAGAGCAGAAAGUCUACACAAAGUCUUCGCCAACCCUGGAGGCAAUGUUACCCUGCCUUGCCAACUGACUCGUAAUACCGGCUUAUCUUUUGGUGGAAUGGGGACCAGAAUCAAGUGGACCAAGAUUGAAGAUGCUUUCACUGAAGUCGACGUGCUGGUCUCUAUGGGCUUCCAUAAGGUGAAAUACGGACGCUUCCAAAACCAUGCCCACCUUCGGGAGGCUGAUGAAAACGAUGCCACCCUGAUUAUUAACAAUCUACAGCUGGAAGACUUCGGUACGUACAGGUGUGAGAUCAUUAGAGGCAUGGACGAAAACAUCGUUGAAGUGGAGAUUCGAAUCCAAGGGGUUGUUUUCCCUUACUCCCCUCGUCUGGGCCGUUACAACCUGAACUUCCAUGAUGCUGAGGCGGCUUGCCUAGAACAGAAUGCUGUGGUGGCUUCCUUCAACCAGCUCUACCAAGCCUGGAAAGGUGGGCUGGACUGGUGCAAUGCUGGCUGGCUGAGUGAUGGAACCGUGCAGUACCCCAUCACCAAACCCAGAGAGCCCUGUGGAGGAACGAGGGCUGGUGCUGGACUGAGGAGCUAUGGUCAGAGGGACAAGGCCAACGGCCGCUUUGAUGUCUUCUGCUUCACCGGAGGAUACGAUGGGCAAGUCUUCUUUGUGGACCAGAAGCUGACCUACACUGAGGCUGUGCAGGCCUGCCAAGAUGAUGGAGCUGAGCUUGCCAAGGUUGGGCACAUGUUCGCUGCCUGGAAGCUGCAUGGUUAUGACCGCUGCGAUGCUGGCUGGCUGUCAGAUGGCAGUGUUCGCUACCCCAUCUCCAGGCCCAGAAUGAAGUGUAGCCCGACGGAAGCCGCUGUUCGCUUCAUUGGAUUUCCUGACAAGAAACACAGGCUCUAUGGUGCCUACUGCUACAGAGCUCAUCAGUGAUAGUCUAACAUCACUUUAGCUUGCAGAGCAACCAAUGAGCAGCAACAAACAAGCAUCAAACCUGAAACUGGCACAGUCAAUUAGCAUGAACUACCAUUAAAACUGUGAUGAUCUUAUAUUGUAAAGCAGUGGAUUUCAACUUUGGUCCUUGAGAUCCCCUAGCUUCCAUAUUUUUGUGUUUUUCAUGUUCGUAUGCACCCACUUAAACACAAAACCACCUUUUGUAUUACCUGAUUAGUUGGAUCUAGCAUGUUAGAAAAGGGAAAACACUCAAAUGUACGGGGGUACUCUAGCAUCGUUGUUGGGAACCACUGCUCUAAUGGAAGAUAUUGAAAACUUUCAUAAUGCAACAUUCCAGAUUUCAAAGCAAUCAGUUUAGCAAACUUUCUUCUUCAUAUUAGAGUCUACUGAUUACUGAGCAACAUAUCUCUUUGGUUAUAGCAUGUUCAAUAUAUUAAUUGAAUUUGUCAGUCUAUAAUGAGAGAAAACUAAAAAAAUACCUUGAAAAUUGUAAGCUCGACAAUUUGUCUUGGCUUGUCUGUUAAAAAAUGGCCAAUGUAAAUUUUGAAGCCAUAAUAAUGAUACUUUCCAGUAUAAAAAUGUCUUCAAACUUGUUUGUUGUUGUUUGAACACUACGAACUGUGACCACAUUGCAAUGAAAUGUAAAGUGAAUGUAUGUGCCCUCAACUAUCACCAGGCCUAGUAACUAAUUGGUUGUAUCAUGACACAUAAUCGUCAUUAACUAUUUCCCCCUGAAAUUUUAGAGCUUGAUUUUCUUCAUAUACUGUCUUCAUGUUAUAUUUGUAAUAUUUCUCAAAGUAUAUUUCUUUCCGUAUCAUUUGCAUUCUUACUUGGGGAAAAUCACAUUUUUUUUCCUUUACCCCUUAUCCUUGAAGGAGCAAUGAGAGGAUCUUUGACAAAUCCAGUUUUUUUAGUGAUAUUAGCCUAUAAAAGGCAGACUUGGCCAAUAGUUUUGUUCAGAUGUUGUUCUUCCAAUGCAAGAAAUUAGUCCAAUAUUGUCGUGUCACAGCUGGCACAAUUUCUUUAAAGUAUUAAGGUCUGACGAGCUACUGGCGAUGCAAUGGAUUUCGAAUUAUUGCGUAGAACUGCAAAUGCAGUUAUGUUGCUCCCAGAGGCGCAUGAAAUCUUCAAUAGGACCCAGUUGCUUACUCGCAACAGCACUAUGAGAGACAUAGCAUCAGAGAUAAAGUUGCAGCUUUGACGGUAUGAACAAAACGUUGUUUCUGAGACUUGGCUUUGCAGUGCCACUAAGCAACUGCUCUCCUAAGCUAGAGGAAGAAAGGAGGAAGAUUUCAAUAUAAAGCAUAAUUACUAUUGUCAUUCUUAAGUUUCAACGCAAGUUUCCCAGACAUGGACACUUACAAGGCAGGUGGACUUGAUAAAUUGUGAUUACGCUGAGUUCACAUAUGAACUAAGUUACUUCUUUUUAAGAGCCAGAUACGUUAUGCAUUUUCUAAUGUGUUUCUAUUGACACGUGGGUUUGUCUAUGUGAUGGGAAGAAAACUCUACCUAAAGUCCAUUUUAUACUGCAAAAGCCAUGAUGCACAUAAACGACUUUCUGCUACUUUUUAAAACAAGUACUGUUUCUUUUAUGCACGUAAUAUCACUCAAUUGAAACCUUGUUUUACUCUAAAAUGCAGUGUACGUUUUUUACAAAUGGAAAAUAAAAACCCACAAACCGAA